AUGCCUGCCAGCCUGUGUCACUGCCUGUCUUACAGCCUGUGUGACUGCCUGCCUACCAGCCUGUGUGAUAGCCUGUCUGCCAACCUGUGUGACUGCCUGCAUACCAACCUGCCUUACAGCCUGUGUACCAAUCUGUCUGCCAACCUGUGUGACUGCCUGUGUGAAUGCCUGCCUACCAACAUGUCUGCCAACCUGUUUGCCUGCUUGCGUACCAACCUGCCUUACAGCCUGUGUGACUGCCUGUCUUACAGCCUGUGUGACUGCCUGCCUACCAGCCUGUGUGACAGCCUGUCUGCCAACCUGUGUGACUGCCUGCAUACCAACCUGUGUGACAGCCUGUGUGAAUGCCUGCCUACCAACAUGUCUGCCAACCUGUUUGCCUGCUUGCAUACCAACCUGUCUAACAGCCUGUGUGAAUGCCUGCAUACCAAUCUGUCUGCCAACCUGUGUUCCUGCUUGCGUACCAACCUGCCUUACAGGCUGUGUGACUGCCUGUCUGCCAACCUGUGUGACUGCCUGCAUACCAACCUGUGUGACAGCCUGUGUGAAUGCCUGCCUACCAACAUGUCUGCCAACCUGUGUUCCUGCUUGCGUACCAGCCUGUCUUACAGCCUGUCUGACAGCCUGUGUGCCUGCUUGCGUACCAACCUGCCUACCAGCCUGUGUGACAGCCUGUCUGCCAACCUGUGUGACUGCCUGCAUACCAACCUGUGUGACAGCCUGUGUGAAUGCCUGCCUACCAACAUGUCUGCCAACCUGUUUGCCUGCUUGCAUACCAACCUGCCUUACAGCCUGUGUGACUGCCUGCCUACCAACCUGUCUAACAGCCUGUGUGACUGCCUGCAUACCAAUCUGUCUGCCAACCUGUUUGCCUGCUUGCAUACCAGCCUGUCUGACAGCCUGUGUGCCUGCUUGCGUACCAACCUGCCUUACAGGCUGUGUGACUGCCUGCCUACCAACCUGUGUGACUGCCUGUGUACCAAUCUGUCUGCCAACCUGUGUGCCUGCUUGCCUACCAACCUGUCUUACAGCCUGUGUGACUGCUUGCGUACCAAUCUGUCUGCCAACCUGUGUGCCUGCUUGCCUACCAACCUGUCUUACAGCCUGUGUGACUGCUUGCGUACCAAUCUGUCUGCCAACCUGUGUGACUGCUUGCGUACCAACCUGUCUUACAGCCUGUGUGACUGCUUGCGUACCAACCUGUCUUACAGCCUGUGUGACUGCUUGCGUACCAACCUGUCUUACAGCCUGUGUGACUGCUUGCGUACCAAUCUGUCUGCCAACCUGUGUGCCUGCUUGUGUACCAACCUGUCUGACAGCCUGUGUGACUGCUUGCGUGCCAACCUGUCUUACAGCCUGUGUGACUGCCUGCCUACCAACCUGUCUGCCAACCUGUGUGCCUGCUUGCGUACCAACCUGUCUGACAGCCUGUGUGACUGCUUGUGUACCAACCUGUCUAACAGCCUGUGUGACUGCCUGCAUACCAAUCUGUCUGCCAACCUGUGUGCCUGCUUGCGUACCAGCCUGUCUUACAGCCUGUCUGACAGCCUGUGUGCCUGCUUGCGUACCAACCUGCCUUACAGGCUGUGUGACUGCCUGUCUGCCAACCUGUGUGACUUCCUGCAUACCAACCUGUGUGACAGCCUGUGUGAAUGCCUGCCUACCAACAUGUCUGCCAACCUGUUUGCCUGCUUGCAUACCAACCUGCCUUACAGCCUGUGUGACUGCCUGCCUACCAACCUGUCUAACAGCCUGUGUGACUGCCUGCAUACCAAUCUGUCUGCCAACCUGUUUGCCUGCUUGCGUACCAACCUGCCUUACAGGCUGUGUGACUGCCUGCCUACCAACCUGUGUGACUGCCUGUGUACCAAUCUGUCUGCCAACCUGUGUGCCUGCUUGCCUACCAACCUGUCUUACAGCCUGUGUGACUGCUUGCGUACCAACCUGUCUUACAGCCUGUGUGACUGCUUGCGUACCAACCUGUCUUACAGCCUGUGUGACUGCUUGCGUACCAACCUGUCUUACAGCCUGUGUGACUGCUUGCGUACCAAUCUGUCUGCCAACCUGUGUGCCUGCUUGUGUACCAACCUGUCUGACAGCCUGUGUGACUGCUUGCGUGCCAACCUGUCUUACAGCCUGUGUGACUGCCUGCCUACCAACCUGUCUGCCAACCUGUGUGCCUGCUUGCGUACCAACCUGUCUGACAGCCUGUGUGACUGCUUGUGUACCAACCUGUCUUACAGCCUGUGUGACUGCCUGCCUACCAACCUGUCUGCCAACCUGUGUGCCUGCUUGCCUACCAACCUGUCUUACAGCCUGUGUGACUGCUUGCGUACCAAUCUGUCUGCCAACCUGUGUGACUGCUUGCGUACCAACCUGUCUGACAGCCUGUGUGACUACCUGCAUAUCGACUUACGUACCAGCCUGCGUGACUGGCUGUGUACCCAUCUGUCUGCCAACCCAUGUGCCUGCUUGCGUACCAACCUGUCUGACAAUCUGGAUGGCUGCUUGCCUGCCCAACCCUCUUCAACAGGUAAUGUAGAUAACCCUAUGGAAAAACAUUCAGUCAACCCCACAGGAAUAGAAUAUGCCCAAAGCCACAUUGACCAUCUUGCCUCGCUUUUGAAGGAGGGAAGCUCUGAUGCUGAUGACAUUUUUCAAAAGAUCCGGUCUCUAGAAAAAAUCCUAGAAGAAACACAGGUGAAUGAGACAACUUUGAUGUCAAAUGACAGCAUUGUCGUCCUUCUAUAUAAAUCCACUGAUGACUUUGAAGGUCUGGAAAUUAAUGCCAAUGACACUGAGGCAAGGAUAAACGAAAAUGUGGCAAACCUCAAGGUGAAGGUCCGUCUGCCGAGAGAGCUGAAACUUCAAAAGAAUGACACAGCUGUCUUCUCCAUGAUUCAGAUACCAAAAGAGGUUGCUUCAAAGGAAUGGGAUACAUUGUAUGAUCACAGAUUUGUUGGCCUGAGUGUGAGUGGCAAGAACAUUUCAAACCUUCGAGACCGAGUCAACAUCAGCAUAUAUUCAUCUACAAACCCGAGUAAAACCCAAGAACCCAAGUGUGUGUUCCUAAACAAUACAGAAAACAACUUUAGCACUGAUGGCUGUUAUACUUUAUGGCGCUAUAAUCAGCAUUACGUCACUUGUUCCUGUGACCAUCUUACGUACUUUGCUGUGCUCAUGGUAAAUGCAAAGCUCUCAGCCAUAGACGCUGAGAUCCUGUUCUACAUUACCUACAUUGGCUGUGGUAUUUCUCUUCUUGCUCUGGUUGUCACUGUUGUGCUCUUCAUCACCAACAGACAACUCAGAGUGGAUGAUUCCAAGAAGAUCCACAUCAGCCUUGCAGUUUCCCUCAUCCUCCUAAAUGUCCACUUCCUCCCCAGCCAGGCAGUGGCAGAGGCAUCAUCCAAUGAGCUUUGUCUUUAUGUUGCUCUUCUUCUUCACUACUCCCUGUUGGCCUCUUUCACCUGGAUGGCCCUGGAGGGCUUCCAUCUCUACCUUGUCUUGGUCAAAGUCUUCAACAUCUAUGUGAGGAGAUACCUGCUCAAACUCAGUGUGGUGGGAUGGGGUCUUCCUGCAUUGGUUGUGGCAGUUAUGGUGAUCAUUGACAAAGACAACUAUGGUCGUGUGCCCCUGGACUCAUCUAAACCCAAUGGAACUGCAGUAUGUUAUAUAACUGAUGACACGGCGAAGCUGGUGACCACAGUGGGACUGUUCAGCCUGGUGUUCCUCUUUAACGUGAUCAUGUUUGGACUGGCAAUCAAAUGGUACAUGGGUGCUGACUUACACAAGGAGCAUGGACGGAGUAAACAUCACAAAGCCAAGCAAGAGAUUUGCACCCUGCUGGUGCUCAUGGUUCUGCUGGGCCUCACCUGGGGCCUGAUCUUCUUCUCAUUUGGCCACCUGACCACCCCUGGACUCUACAGCUUCUGUAUACUGAACUCUUUGCAAGGUUGCUUCAUCUUCAUUUACUUUGUGUUGACGUGGAAAAAGUCGAAAGAUGCUGCUAGCAAGCUGAGCUCUUCUGAAGUACAAAGCUCUGACACUGGAACACAAGCAAAGUCCCACCCAUAAAGAUGUGAUUGAAAAAUGUAAACGUGCCUGCCUUUUUAUAUCUCACUGUUUUUGUUUAAAAAUAAAUAUCCAAAGAAACAAGCAUUUCCAAUAGUGCUAUCUCAUUUUAACCAAAGUAACAUUCAGUUAUAAGGAAAUCUUCAAUAUAUUUUUUCUCUUUAAGCUUAGCUAUCUUUUGGUUGCUAAACAAGUGCUCACUCGUUGGACUCAUCUGCUGCCUGGUUUACUCUGGUCACGACCCGGACUGUCUCUUGUUGUUGGAGUAUUGCAUCGCCCUUUGGAUUCUUUAGCCACCUCCAGCCGCUCCAGUCAUUACCUGCAUGUUCUGCCUGUCAUCGGACUGAUCUGCUCGCAUCUCCUGUACUGCCUGUCAUUUACACACCUUUU